GUACGCAUGCGCAGUGCCCGCAGUAGUGAGUUGUAGCAAAGUAGACGUUAGCGGUGUAAAGUACGUGGCAGACAGCUUUCGAUAUGGAGGUUGCUGCGUUGGUCGCCUUGACUUUGUUACUGGGAGCACUGGUUAUUCUCGUUGCAUUAGCGGUGGGCAGACGGAAAGAAGAAAUAAGGGAGGAACUAGAACAGGCAGCGGAGUUUGCCGCUGAAGGCAGUGUUGUGAAAGGCCCUGCAUCCAAGAAACCGAAGCAGGAGAAGCAGCAGCGCAGCCGUAAGGAAAAAGCUUCACAGCACACUUUCAGCCAUCCGCUGUUGGCAUCCUCACUGAAGAGCCACAGCGGGAAUGUGACAUGCCUUGAUUUCAGCAGUAACGGGAAAUACCUGGCGUCAUGCGCUGAUGACCGCACCGUCCGGAUCUGGAGCACCAAAGACUUCCUGGAGCGGGAACACAAGUGUCUGAGGGCCAAUGUGGAGCUGGAUCACGCCACAUUAGUCCGUUUCAGCCCGGACUCCAGGGCCUUUAUCACCUGGUUGGCCAAUGGAGAUACCAUUCGUAUCUUCAAAAUGAUCAAAAAGGAGGACGGCACUUUAAGCUUCAAAGCUGCUGCUGAGGACUUCCCACAGAAACACAAGACCACCAUCCUGAACAUUGGCAUUGCAGAGACAGGCAAGUUCAUCAUGAGCGCCUCCACCGACACCACCAUCCACAUCUGGGACCUGAAAGGAGAGGUACUGGCCUCUAUCAACACUAACCAGAUAACCAAUUCUUAUGCUGCCAUCUCCCCAUGUGGCAGGUUUGUCGCGUCAUGUGGCUUCACUCCUGACGUGAAGGUGUGGGAGGUUUGCUUCGGGAAGGGAGGAGAGUUCAAAGAGGUGGCACGAGCUUUUGACCUGAAGGGCCACUCUGCAGGCGUUCACGCAUUUGCCUUUUCCAAUGACUCUCACAGAAUGGUCACCGUCUCCAAAGACGGUACGUGGAAGCUGUGGAAUACAGAUGUGGAGUACAAAAAGCAGCAGGAUCCCUACCUCCUGAAGACAGUCCCCUGCGCGUCAUCUGAAGGUAGCCUGGUGGCCUUGUCUCCAGACGGCCGGGUGGUGGCCAUCAGUGACGGCUCUAAUGUGGCUAUGUACAACGCUGCCAGCGGCCAGCUGGAGGAGGAGCUGCACGGCAUCCACAGCGGGGAGAUCACCGACCUUAGAUUUGACAUUAACGGGCGCUUCUUGGCGUGCAGCGGCGACAAGGCCAUCCGAGUGUUUCAUAACGCCCCGGGUUACCGGGCAGCUAUCAGAGACAUGCAGGACAUGCUGAAGAAGGCCCAGAACGAAGCCAUGAAGCAGAGACUGCAGCAGCAGAUCAAAGAGGCUCAGAGCGCCCUGGACACUGUGCUGGCUGGUCCCAUCGACUGAAUGAGCCCCCAGAAACCACGCUGUGAUUGUGUCUGACUCUCAUUGCUAAUCUUUUGUGCAACCUCAACUUUCCCACUGCCUCUAAAUGAUCUGGUCAGGGAAUAAUGGAAUUUGCAUGCAGUUUUAAUAAAGAAUAUCUUUUUAUGCAAAGAUAAAAUGGUUUGAGUUCAGAUCUUUUUCUCUCCUGUCCUUUCAUUAUUUCAUGUCCAGUAAUGUCUUAUGUGUAAUCUCUGCUGUGGUUGUUUUUAUAUUUGCCCUCUGCAGCUUCAAUUUAAAGUCUGACUCCACACAAAAAAAUUUGUUUUGCUUAUUGUUACUUCACCUGGAUGUUUGAGCUUCACUGUGCAGAAUGAUUUAUGUUCAGAGUUUGACACUAAAAGGUUGUUUUCACGUUCAUCUGCUGAAGGGAGAAAGCUUCUCUGUGCUUAAUUUUCAUUUCAAGAUGUGUACAUAUGAACAUCACAACUAGUUUGGCAGCCAGAUGUGGUCCAGUAUGCAACUUAAGUGUUUAUGUAGAAACUUGAAGCCUCCAGUGCAGAUACACACAUAGAAUGGACUUUUCGGUGAAGCAGGAGACAUGUUGUGUCCAGCAGUUAAACUUUUAAAAUUAAAAAUAUUUGUAUAUUCCUAGAUUCAGGAUUUAUUCCGGAGUAGAUGUAAUUUUAAGAAUUUUUAAUUAUGUAAUUAAACUUUUUUUGUGGAAAAACCA